GUGCGGUGGCGGCAGGUCAUGCGGCAGGUGCGGAGGGAGGCGGCAGCGGGGGGGGACACGCUGCAGCGCAUCGCCUUCCAUGCGCUGGAGGCGCUGCAGGCGCGCAUGGAUGGCACCGCGCUCACCCGCUGGUGCACCCCCUUGAAAAUCACCCUUCAGUCGGUGCGGCGGCGGCGGAUGCACAUCAUAGCGAUAGGACUGUACUGCGGGCCGCACUGGAUCCACAUCUUCAUGCGCCUCGCUGCCCACUUCUCCUCCCCACCUCUUCUCCCCACAACCACCGCCACAGCCAAUGGGCAUCCACCAAGUGGCGCCCCAUCUGGGGGAGCAGGGACAGUACCGAAUGCAGCAAGUGGGGGCGUGAGUGGUGUUCAGGGCAGAGCAGGGGCGUUCGGUGCAGUCACAGCCGUUGAUUUCGGGAUCAUCAAAGUGGAGGAGUAUCCAACGGGCAUGGUGCAUCUGGGAGGGCAGUACCUGGAGCAGGUGGCAUCUAUGCUGGGCCUCUCCCUGUCGUUCCAUGGCAUAGAAACCACCCCACUGGACUUCCACCCGUCGCAAGUGGAGGUGGAUGAAGGCGAGGAGGUGGUGGUGCUGGCCAAUUGGGGCCUCUUGGUCUUCCCAGACGAUACCGUUCUGCGCUCCAACCCCCGCAAUGCCAUUCUCAAGUGGAUUCGCGACCUGCGCCCGCUGCUCCUCCUGCAGGUCGACAUAGAUCUCGAUGCCAACGGGCCCUUCUUCCUCUCGCGCUUCCACGCUGCCUUCGCCAACUUUGCGGCGUUCAUCGAGUCGUUUGAUGCGUCCAUGCCGCACGCCGCCACGUCACGGUUUGCAGCAGAAACCAUUCUUGCGCGGGAUUUGAUGAACGGGGUGGCGUGCGAGGGCAUGAACAGGUGGCUGCGCUCGGAGCGGCUGGAGAAAUGGGCGCAUCGCAUGAAAGCCGUGGGGCUGGAACCCGUACCUUUAGGGCCGGACACGGUGGCGGCUGGGAAGCAGAUCACAGAGGGGAAGGAUAGUCGGUUCAGGCUGGACGUGCAUGCUGAGACGGGUGCCCUGCAACUCAGCUGGCGCGGCGUGCCGAUGAUCUUUGUGGCUGCUUGGAGAUGA